AUGCCUGCCCCAGAGGGAUUUACCAAGGUGACUGAAGACUCCCAUAGGUCUUCCGAGGCCAUCAUGCAAAAUCCAUACGGCCCUAACCCUGCAGACUUCCUUUCGAACGUGUCUAGCUUUGAGUUGAUUGAAUCCACCCUUAGAGAAGGUGAGCAGUUCGCUAACGCUUUCUUCUCUACCGAGAAGAAGAUCGAGAUUGCAAAGGCUCUUGACGAGUUCGGUGUGGAUUACAUUGAGUUGACUUCGCCUGUGGCUUCCGAGCAAUCUAGAAGGGACUGUGAGGCCAUUUGUAAGUUGGGCUUGAAGUCUAAGAUCUUGACGCAUAUUCGUUGUCAUAUGGAUGACGCUAAGGUGGCUGUUGAGACUGGCGUUGACGGUGUUGAUGUUGUUAUUGGCACUUCCCAGUUCUUGAGACAGUACUCCCACGGAAAGGAUAUGUCUUAUAUUGCCCAGUCUGCAGUUGAGGUUAUUGAGUUUGUCAAGUCCAAGGGCAUCGAGAUUCGUUUUUCCUCUGAAGAUUCAUUCAGAUCUGAUUUGGUGGAUUUGUUGAAUAUUUACAAGACCGUGGACAAGAUUGGUGUUAACAGAGUCGGUAUUGCUGAUACUGUGGGUUGUGCUAACCCCAGACAGGUGUACGAGUUGGUUAGAACCUUAAAGUCUGUUGUGUCGUGCGAUAUCGAGUGCCAUUUCCAUAACGAUACUGGAUGUGCUAUUGCUAACGCUUACACUGCUUUGGAAGGUGGUGCCAAGUUGAUUGAUGUUUCCGUUUUGGGUCUUGGUGAGAGAAACGGUAUCACUCCUCUUGGAGGUCUCAUGUCGAGAAUGAUCGCUGCCGACAGAGACUAUGUUCUUUCAAAGUACAAGUUGCACAAGUUGAGAGAUCUUGAGAACCUUGUUGCCGAGGCCGUCCAGGUGAACAUUCCUUUCAACAACCCUAUCACGGGCUUCUGUGCGUUCACACACAAGGCGGGUAUCCACGCCAAGGCAAUCUUAGCCAACCCUUCCACAUACGAAAUCUUAAGCCCCUCAGAUUUCGGUCUCACCAGAUACAUUCACUUUGCUAAUAGAUUGACCGGCUGGAACGCCAUCAAGUCGAGAGUUGACCAAUUGAACUUGCACUUGACCGAUGAGCAAUGUAAGGAAGUGACCGACAAAAUUAAGAAAUUGGGUGACGUCAGACAGUUGAACAUCGACGAUGUGGACUCCAUCAUCAAGGAUUUCCACGCCGACCUCUCGGUACCCGGUUCGCCCGUACCAGAGACAAAGAAACAGAAGAUCUAA